CAAGCUAUUCAAAGCAGAGAUCAGCUGUGAGAAGACGCUCAACCCAGAGCUCAGGCACAACAGACUUUAUCAUGACAACAACAAUAGUAAUCCAGCAACCGCCACCUACACAAGUGGUCGAGGUCAUGAACCCACGAGAGUGGAGUUCGGGAUUGUUUGAUUGUCUCGAUGAUAUAAAAACAUGCUGUUUUGCGUACUGGUGUUUCCCCUGCUUCGCAUGCAAAACCUCUAAAGACUACGGCGAGCAUCUCUGUCUCCCCCUGCUGGAUAUGUUUGGUUGGUGCGUCCCACCCAUCACUCUGGCCAUGAGGGUCUCCAUGCGACACCGCUAUGGCAUCGAUGGCUCCCUUCCUGACGACUGUGUGCUGUCCAGCUUCUGUACCGUCUGCAUCUGGUGUCAGAUGGCCAGGGAGAUAGACAAGAGGAAUGCCCCGGUCAUGAUCUCAGCCAAAACCGCAUAACCUCCAAACCACCACCUGGGCUGAUACGUGUUCUGGUGCAGGGGAUACUGAAGAAUAUCUAUGUUUCUAAAUCAGCAUAGAAAACCUUAAUCAUGCAGAGCAAUAUGAUCUUGAUUAAAACUUUAGGAAUAAAGGCCAAUGGAUUUGGGUGAAAUCCAAAAACAUUGUUUACUAACAGGGUUUUGUUUGUAUAACUAAAA